CCAAUCACGCCGUGAGAAACUAGUCCCUUUGGAAUGUGCUUCUUUGCUUCCAAACAAUUGUUGUUGGAAUCUGCAUUUUCCCUUUUCUUAAAAAGACAAGAGGCUCGGCAACAUUAUCAGAUUUUUAUUUUGGCUGCAACGUCUUAAAUUUAGGAGUAAUCCUCUCGCUGAAGGAGAGCGAAUGCAAUCAGAUAAAACAAUAGCCGGGCGGUCGAGCGCUUUGGAGAAAGAAACUGAGAGGAAUACGGGAAAAGGGGGGAGGGUUGACAUUUUUCUCCCGGCGGAAGGAGACGAAUCGAGAGCCAGCGUGUUGUUGCGCUCAGGCAGCCGAAUCAGGGAUUUGGAAUCGCAGCGCCGCCGAGGCUGAGCGCGAGCAGAAUGGAACUGAGAAUAAUUACAGAUACAUUGUAGCCAGAACCCAGAAUCAUCCAACAAGCCGAUAAUUCACAGGACAGAACUCAGCCGAGCGAUGGUAUCCCCGCGCUGAAGAGGAGCGGCGGGGACAAGAGAAAACGGGAGAAAUAUGGGCGCCGUUCUGCGGAGUCUGUUGUGGUGUAGUUUUUGUUCGCUGAUACGUGGUACCCCCCUCCUCUUGUACGCCAACCGGCGGGACCUGCGGCUGGUGGACGCGGCGCAGGGGCGGGGCAACGCCACGGUGGUGGUGAGCGGGCUGGAGGACGCGGCGGCGGUGGACUACGUCUACGCCCAGGGCCUCAUCUACUGGAGCGACGUCAGCGAGGAGGCCAUCAAGCGCACCAGCUUCAACCGCUCGGGCGGGGCCGGGGGCGGGGCCGCGCAGACCGUGGUGGUCUCCGGCCUGCACUCCCCGGACGGCCUGGCCUGCGAUUGGCUGGGGCUCAAGCUCUACUGGACCGACUCGGAGACCAACCGGAUCGAGGUGGCCGAGCUGGAUGGGUCGCUGAGGAAGGUGCUGUUCUGGCAGGACCUGGACCAGCCCAGGGCCAUCGCCCUGGACCCAGCGAGAGGGUACAUGUACUGGACGGACUGGGGCGAGGUCCCUAAGAUCGAGCGGGCGGGGAUGGACGGGGCCAGUCGCUCGGUCAUCGUGGACAGCGGCAUCUACUGGCCCAACGGCCUGACGCUGGACUACAGCGAGCAGAAGCUGUACUGGGCCGACGCCAAGUACAGCGUCAUCCACCGCUCCAGCCUGGACGGCACCGGCAGGGAGGUGGUAGUGAAAGGCUCCCUGCCUCACCCCUUCGCCCUGACGCUGAGCGAGGACACGCUGUUCUGGACGGACUGGAACACGCACUCCAUCCACUCCUGCCACAAGGGCACGGGCGAGGACCGGCGCGAGGUGCACACCAACAUCUUCUCCCCCAUGGACAUCCACGUCUUCAGCCAGAACCGACAGCCCCUGGCGGCGACCAGCCCCUGCAUGCUGAAGAACGGCGGCUGCUCGCACCUGUGUCUGCUCUCCCCUGUGAAGCCCUUCUACCAGUGCGCCUGCCCCACCGGCGUGCAGCUGCUGGACGACCACAGGACCUGCAGAGAGGGCGCCACGCAGCUGCUGCUCCUGGCACGGCGGACGGACCUGCGGCGCAUCUCGCUGGACACGCCCGACUUCACCGACAUCGUCCUGAAGGCGGAGGACAUCCGGCACGCCAUCGCCAUCGACUACGACCCGGUGGAGGGGCUGGUGUACUGGACGGACGACGAGGUGCGGGCCAUCCGCCGGGCGCGCCUGGACGGCGCCGACGGGCAGCUGGUGGUGACCUCGCAGGUCAGCCACCCCGACGGCAUCGCCGUGGACUGGGUCGCCCGCAACCUGUACUGGACCGACACCGGCACCGACCGCAUCGAGGUCACCCGCCUCAACGGCACCAUGCGCAAGAUCCUGGUGUCCGAGGACCUGGACGAGCCCCGCGCCAUCGCGCUGGACCCCGUGGCAGGGUACAUGUACUGGACGGACUGGGGCGAGAUCCCCAAGAUCGAGCGGGCGGCUCUGGACGGCACGGACCGCGUGGUGAUGGUCAACACCUCCCUGGGCUGGCCCAACGGACUGGCGCUGGACUACGCAGAGAGCAAGAUCUACUGGGGAGACGCCAAGACCGACAAGAUAGAGGUGAUGGACAUGGACGGGACGGGGCGGCGGGCGCUGGUGGAGGACAAGCUGCCGCACAUCUUCGGCUUCACGCUGCUGGGCGACUUCGUGUACUGGACCGACUGGCAGAGGCGGAGCAUCGAGCGCGUGCACAAGCGCUCGGCCGAGCGUGAGGUCAUCAUCGACCAGCUGCCCGACCUCAUGGGCCUCAAGGCCACCUACGUGCACAAGACCUUCGGCACGAACCCGUGCGCGGAGAACAACGGCGGCUGCAGCCACCUGUGCCUGUUCCGGCCGCAGGGCGUGCAGUGCGCCUGCCCCAUCGGGCUGGAGCUGAUCGGGGACCUGAGCACCUGCAUCGUGCCUGAGGCCUUCCUGCUGUUCUCCCGCCACACCGACAUCCGCCGCAUCUCCCUGGAGACCAACAACAACAACGUGGCCAUCCCGCUCACCGGCGUCAAGGAGGCCUCCGCCCUCGACUUCGACGUGACCGACAACCGCAUCUACUGGACCGACAUCACGCUGAAGACCAUCAGCAGGGCCUUCAUGAAUGGCAGUGCGCUGGAGCACGUGGUGGAGUUCGGCCUGGAUUACCCAGAGGGCAUGGCGGUGGACUGGCUGGGGAAGAACCUGUACUGGGCCGACACCGGGACCAACCGCAUCGAGGUGGCCAAGCUGGACGGGCAGCACCGGCAGGUCCUGGUGUGGAAGGACCUGGACAGCCCCCGAGCUCUGGCUCUGGACCCGGCCGAGGGCUUCAUGUACUGGACCGAGUGGGGGGGCAAGCCCAAAAUCGACCGCGCGGCCAUGGACGGGACGGGCCGCAUCACCCUGGUGCCCAACGUGGGGCGGGCCAAUGGCCUGACCAUCGACUACGCCGAGCGGCGGCUGUACUGGACCGACCUGGACACCACGCUCAUCGAGUCGUCCAACAUGCUGGGCCAGGAGCGGGAGGUGAUCGCGGACGACCUGCCGCACCCCUUCGGCCUGACGCAGUACCAGGACUACAUCUACUGGACGGACUGGAGCCAGCGCAGCAUCGAGCGGGCCAACAAGACCAGCGGGCAGAACCGCACCGUCAUCCAGGGCCACCUGGACUACGUGAUGGACAUCCUGGUGUUCCACUCGUCCCGGCAGGGCGGCUGGAACGCCUGCGCCUCCACCAACGGGCACUGCUCCCACCUGUGCCUGGCCGUGCCCGUCAGCAGCUACGUGUGCGGCUGCCCCGCCCACUACUCGCUCAACGCCGACAACAAGACCUGCAGCCCUCCCACGUCCUUCCUGCUGUUCAGCCAGAAGACGGCCAUUAACCGCAUGGUGAUGGACGAGCAGCAGAGCCCCGACAUCAUCCUGCCCAUCCACAGCCUGCGCAACGUGCGCGCCAUCGACUACCACCCGCUGGACAAGCACCUGUACUGGAUCGACCUGAAGCAGAACGCCAUCCGCCGCUCCCAGGAGGACGGCAACCAGAGCAUGACGGUGGUGUCCAGCACGGCGGGCAGCCUGGGCCUCCAGCCCUAUGACCUCAGCAUCGACAUCUACAGCCGCUACAUCUACUGGACCAGCGAGGCCACCAACGUGAUCAACGUCACGCGCACCGACGGGCAGCGGGUGGGCGUGGUCCUGCGCGGGGAGCACGACAAGCCCCGCGCCAUCGUGGUCAACCCCGAGAGGGGGUACAUGUACUUCACCAACCUGCAGGAGCGCUCGCCCAAGAUCGAGCGGGCGGCGCUGGACGGGACGGAGCGGGAGGUGCUGUUCUUCAGCGGGCUGGGCAAGCCCGUCGCCCUGGCCAUCGACAACCAGGUGGACAAGCUGUUCUGGGUGGACUCGGACCUGCGCCGCAUCGAGAGCAGCGACCUGUCCGGGGCCAACCGGAUCGUGAUCGAGGACUCCAACAUCCUGCAGCCGGUGGGGCUGACGGUGUUCGGCAGCCACCUGUACUGGAUCGACCGGCAGCAGCAGAUGAUCGAGCGCAUCGACAAGACCACGCGCGAGGGGCGGACCAAGAUCCAGGCGCGCAUCGCCUCGCUGAGCGACAUCCACGCCGUGCGCGAGAUCGACCUGGCCGACUACAACAAGCACCCCUGCACCUCCGACAACGGCGGCUGCUCGCACAUCUGCAUCGUCAAGGGCGACGGCACCACGCGCUGCUCCUGUCCGGUCCACCUGGUGCUGCUGCAGGACGAGCUCUCCUGCGGCGAGCCCCCCACCUGCUCUCCGGAGCAGUUCUCCUGCGCCUCGGGGGAGGUGGACUGCAUCCCGCAGGCGUGGCGCUGCGACGGCUACCCCGAGUGCGACGACGGCAGCGACGAGCGGGACUGCCCCGUCUGCUCCUACUCCGAGUUCCAGUGCGACAGCCGGCAGUGCGUCGACAUGACCCUGCGCUGCAACGGCGAGGUCAACUGCCAGGACCGCUCCGACGAGAACAAGUGCGAAGUUCGGUGCCCGCCUGACCAGAUCAGAUGUGCGAACGGCCAGUGCAUCGGGAAACACAAGAAGUGCGACCACAACACGGACUGCUCCGACAACUCCGACGAGCUGGGCUGCUACUCCACGGAGGAGCCGUCGGCCCAGCCCACCAACACCAUCGGCUCCAUCAUCGGGGUGAUCCUGGCGCUCUUCUUGGUGGGCGCCAUUUACUUCGUGUGCCAGCGGGUGCUGUGCCCGCACAUGAAGGACGAAGGGGAGACCAUGACCAACGACUUCGUGGUGCACGGGCCCUCCUCCGUGCCCCUGGGAUACGUGCCGCACCCCAGCUCUCUGUCGGGGUCCCUGCCAGGCAUGUCCCGCGGGAAGUCGGUCAUCAGCUCCCUCAGCAUCAUGGGCGGGAGCAGCGGCCCCCCCUACGACCGCGCCCAUGUGACCGGCGCGUCCUCCAGCAGCUCCUCCAGCACCAAGGGCACCUACUUCCCCCCGAUCCUGAACCCGCCCCCGUCCCCCGCCACAGAGAGGUCCCACUACACCAUGGAGUUCGGCUACUCCUCCAACAGCCCCUCCACCCACCGCUCCUACAGCAGCUACCGGCACUUUGCCCCGCCCACCACGCCCUGCAGCACGGACGUGUGCGACAGUGACUACACGCCCGGCCGCCGCGUGGCGCCCGUCGCCAAGGGCUACGCCAGCGACCUCAACUACGACUCAGAGCCCUUCCCCCCGCCCCCCACCCCCCGCAGCCAGUACCUCUCGGCCGAGGAGAACUGCAAGCUGCCCCCCUCCCCCUUCACAGAGCGCAGCUACUCCCAUCACCUCUACCCCCCGCCCCCCUCCCCCUGCACGGACUCCUCCUGAGCCCCGCCCACUGCCCCGCCUCCCCCCCAGGCUCCUCCCCUCUCUGUAAAUAUCAAUUGUGCAUAAUUACAAAAAAGAAAAAAGAGAGUGAGAGAGACAUUUGAAGAGGAGGGCGAAGAAUGUGGGGAUUCUGUACAGUAUGAAAAAAGUUAUAAAGGAAAGGGGCGGGGCCAGGAAGAGCUGUGGAACAUUUGUACAGUUAAAGAAAAAAAAUAUUUAUAUAUUUUCUAUACCACAUCUUCUGGUUGUGCCAUAGAAGUUUGUAUUAAAAAAAAGAAAUUUGUACAUUUUUAAAGAAAGAAAAAAAAAAAGUUUUAUGAAAUCAUCACCAACAAAAAUACAUUGCCUUAACCCAGGAGAUAAAACAACUACCUUCAUAGAAACCGGGCGAGGGAGGGGGAGGAUGAAAGAUUGAGGAAUGGGACCUUUAUCCGAUGCCAAAAAAACCAAGUUUGCCGUACGUGAAGAAGGAGGGUUCGACUGGGGGGGGGGGGGCGUGCUGUGUACCUGCUGGAGGUGACGGACAGGCGCGGGUCACCACAGAGCUCUAAGCCCCGCCCCCUCCCUGUCAGUCAGUGGUUGAGCCCGCCCAGGCGGUCCGCUCGCUGCACGUUGACCUUAAAGGUUGGGAAGGGAUGGACAGUUUUUUUUGUUUGUUUUGUUUUUAAACCUCUCUCUGUGUUGGGACGGUCCGCACCCCUGGAGUAAGAUUCAACUGGAAUAACAUUAAAAGGAGACGUCAUAUGGAGUGAUGGUGUGCUGCAGGAAGCCUUCCUGACAAGCAAGUUGUUGAAGCAAUAAUGGAUGGGAUAGGUUUGAUGACCAGCUCUUGCGCUAAACCCCCCCCCCCCCCAAACACACACACACACACACACACACACUUGCACUCACAUACAUGAACACACACACACACACACACUUGCACUCACAUACGUGAACACACACACUCUCUCUCACACACACACACACACACACACACACACACACUAAGGCUUGUUUACAGUAAGACCCUCCGCAGCAGUCUUUCUCUGAUCUACCUGAGUGGAGGACGCCCUACAUUCAGACAAACGGGACUGCAGAGGGGGCACAACCUCCGCCCCAACCCCAACCCCAACCCCCCACUACCAGCACAACACCUCCCAAACGCCAGCUGCCCCUCAGUCCCAGGACAGACAGCACAGACCCAACAGCAGACGUUUGGUCACAUGACCCUGUAUCCCUCAGCACACAAAGGUCCUUAUAACUCAUCCUCUACGGACUCGGUACGUUUAGAGCAGUUAACCAAAAUGGAUUUUUUAAAUCCUUCUAUUUUUUUUUUUUUUUCCUCCUCUUCUCUUUUUGAAUGCCAGACUGCAACUGUGGACUGAAUCCGUUUGGAGGAACCAAGACCCAAAGUAUCAUUGCAUCUCACGCGGCAUCGCUUGGCUUUCUCAACCCCGUUUGCCACAAGCAGUCUCUGUAGCUACGUCCCCCGUUAGGGGGGCAGAAGACUUCGUUCAACCAAGGACAAGCUAUCGUGCCUGACCCCUUUUAAAACUGUUUUUAAUCAAAUUUUUAAAUCCAGUGCCCGCAAAAUAUUUUCAAUAUUUUUGUACCAUGUAUUGUGUAGAUAUCAUAUUUAUAAGCUAUAAUGAAAUCUUGUAUUAGUUUACUGUAAAAUCUAACAGUUAUGUCCUUGCAGUACUUUUUCCAUGUACGUUCUUACAGUAUAUGCCUUGUGCUAUUUUUCUAUCACGUUUGUCUGAAAGUAUGGAGACAAUCUUAAGACCGACAAUUUGGGAGAAAAAAAAUAGAUAUCCAGGUAUCCUUGUUUUAUUUUCUGCCUCGACACAGUAACCACCCUUAACAUUUCCUUGAUUGAGAAAUAUUUUUAUACACCGUUUGUGUGUGCAGUUAUUUUCUCUACACUUCAGUGCCAAAUAAUAAUUUGUUCGAUUUGAAGUGCAAAGGUCACUAAUAAUCUCUCUCAGUCACUGUCAGUGUCUGUUUCAUUUUUUUUUUUUGCAUUUCUCCAGUCCUGCUCUGCACUCUUUUUUUAAGCUGUCCUUUCCAGACAAAAAUACGAGUUCAGGUUGGCCACUUUAACAGUGAAGACUAGAGAUAUUACAAGGGCAGUAUCUCUGCGGUCAGUUGAGUUGUUUUCUGGUGACUGGUAGUUUUGUAAAGUCACUUUGACAUCAUGCAAAAUUCCAUUUUCAGAAUCUAAUUUAAACUCUCGGACAUCAUAUCAGCACCUGAAUUGCUCCUAAAAGCAGUUGGGUGGUUAUUGCACACACUGUCCAAACACACACAUACACACGUUUUGCCAGGACAGGGGGUGUUCCACACCAAUACUGAUAUAUUUUAAUAGUUUACUGUGACUGUGUACGAUGUCCUGGCAGAUGAACUGUACCUUUCUCAAACAUUUCACCUGUCUGGACAGCUACACUUCCAGCGCUUGCUGCUGCAUGUAGUUAUUUACCUGUCCUGGAAUAACUGCUCUCUCAAAUAGAACUACAUUCACCUCUUCCUGCAGUCAGAGUAGGAAUCUCACCUGAUUACACACCCGCAACAUCAGGACAGACUCUUUACCUGCAGUCCUCUGCUUUAACAGGUCUUACCUUUGUAUUGUGUUUUCCCCCUCUUUUUCCACUCAUAAGAACAUACCUCAGCGUCAGAUUAUUGCAAUUCAGUAGCAUCUCCAUGGCACGGUGUGUGUUGAUGUAAAAUCGUUCAGCCUUAACCACCCCUUCCAACCCCCCAGUUUUUUUUCGGAGGCCAUUUUAGAAUAUUACAGCUGAUGGCUUCCUGAUCCCCCUUAUGGGUGCGGUUGCCUUCUGCUGUCAAUCACUGACCUGACUGCCAAUCAAACCACUUUGCUCUCCGCAGCAGAUCAGGUUGAAAUCACUGUAGUGGCUGGCGGCUGACGAUGGCUACGCUACGGGACUCGUGUUCGGGACGGGACACCCCCUCCCGCCCCUCCCUCCCUUCCUGCUGUCCUGUGGGAUGGCUGCUGUGUUUUUGCGGCCUUCCCAUUGGAUGUGCUGUGAAACGUGCGUUGCCGCUGGCCCUCAGUGAACAAAGAAGUGUGCGAACAAUCAUUAGCCAAUCGUGUGGGGUUUUCACCAGCACAGUUGAACAGAAUCCACUGCCGUCUGACUGCGUCCUCCGUACAUGUGAGUCCCUUUAAGUGAGCGCACUCCCUGUAACGGGCUGCAGGGGGCUCCACUAUCUCACUGGUCUUUAAUGUACCGCUGCCUGUGGGCUAAACCAGCAUUUUUAGCUGAUGUUCUCAUUCUUGAUUGCACUUUAUGGUACUUUUUUGCUAGUUAUCGGUAUAACAAACGUUACACAGUUGGGGAAAAAAAAUCAUUAUCCAAAACUACUUUUUUCAGCAGAUUUCCUUGCUAUGUUGCAGAUUGUGUGUGUGUGUGUGCAUGGUGCGUGUUUGUGUGGUUGUGUGCGUGUGUGCAAGUGUGUGUGUGUUCAUCUUGGCAUUUUACACAAGUGCCAAUUUCUAACAUUUGAAACUAUGUGGAUAGACAGGAGACUGGCAUGGGAUGCUCAGACUAGCUGUAGUGUAGCCGUAAUGAGGAAAGUGGUGCAAAGGAAGUUUAAAACAGGAAACCAAAGGAACUGGAGUUUCAUUGGCUGCAACAGCAUGGGAAAUUAGACAAACAUACUGUUACACAAAUGAUCUAUCACUCAUAGUUGGCAUUGUUCUUUCAAAAAGUUGGAAGUAAAGGAAUGCUCUUUUUUCAACUAAUGGUAUUGGUUUUGCCAGUUGUGAUAUGUAAUGUUUUGCAUUAAACAUUGCUUUUGUGAGGCAAACCGAUAGAAUAGACUGCGAAAAUGCAAAUAAAAUGUUUUUAGUGAGCGUUCACCUUGUGAUGGAACUGGUAGGAAAGAUGACUGGUGGUAAUGGAUGGGAUUGCUAUGGGUAGUUAGUAAAAGCACUUUUGGCUCCAUAGUCUUGGAGAACUAAGAUGGGGGGGGGGGUGGGUGGGAGAUGGAAAAAUGGUCUUGUAAACUGUAGGGUUUUUUUUUUUUCAUCCAUUUUGAUAUCAUGGUGCUUUGCAAGGAUGUAUUCAAGAUGACCAACAUUUGGUUAGUCAUGUCCAUUUUUCCCCACUAAUGCUACUUUUUGUAAAUGGAUUGCUUGACAUGUAAAACGGUGUAUAAAACAGACCUGUACAGCCCAUUCAAUAACUAUUAUAAGCUGUUGUAACAAAUGAAAUGUUGAUUUUUAUAAUAAAACUGAGUGAAAUUUUAA